AUCUAUCAGCUGUUUUUCCUAAGGGAGAGAGGGAAGGGGUUAGGAAGGCGGGUGGCCGGCCGGCCGGCGCAGUGAAAGCCGCACGGUUCCGUCCGUCCUCAGUCCUUCCCGGCCGCUCAGCUGUGCGUCACAUGUCAGACGACACCGCGCGAAUUUACCAUCGUAUCGUGAUAAUACCGCGAUCAUCGUCGGCGUCGUAUUCAGUGUCGUCGUUUCUCUUGCGUCAUUACAAUAAGUAGUCAGGAAGCGCGUACUUUGGACACGAGCACGAAGUUUUAGUGGCGAGUCGCUUCCACGUAUUAUGCCGUCGUUGGUUAGGCGCAACGAGCGAAAGUACAUAGACGCGAAAUCGAUCGCGUGGUGCCGGGAACAUGAGGACGGCGUGACGAGGAACAUUGACAGCGAAAGCACCAACAGCAUCAGCAGCACCAACAUUAGCAGCAUUAUCACUCGUAUCAGCCACAGCAACAACAACAAUAACAACAAGAACAAUAAUAACAGCAGGAGCAAGAGCAUUAGCGAAAGCAAAAGCAACAUCGGCAGUAAUAAUAAUUAUAACAGCAAGAAUAACAAUAAUAAUAAUAAUAAUAAUAAAAAUAUUAAUUGGACGGACGACGACGGUAUAUCCCAUAACGUCGUCGUCGUUUACGUUGUCUUCGUCAUCGAAGAAAAAAAUUAUUACGCCCGUCGUCGUGGCACCGUUUAAAGGGCCGCGUGUGCGCGCGCGCACGCACGCACGCACGCACGCACGACGCACGACGCACGACGCUCGCGCCCGCGCCGAACGCCGGAGAACGCGUCCUCGAUCCUCGAGUAUUUCCUCCUUCAUCUCUUCUUCUUCGUCUACUUCUUCUUCUUCUUCUUCUCCUUCUUUUUCUUCUUCUACUACUACUACUACUACUACUACUACUGUAUUGUCUAUUGGCAUUGGUACGCGUUUCCUCGUCUAAUCAACGUAUUUUCAUUAAACGUAAUCGAUCGAUCUUGAAUCGAUCGAGAAUCGAUCGUUUAUUUAACAUUAUGCCGAUCGUGUGUUCGUAACGCGAUCGUUUAAACAAUUUUUUUGAAAUACGUUCGUGGAAAAAAGAAACUUGUUUAGUUCGACGAGUGAAAGAAAGAGAAGAGAUAACGAAGAGAAGCGUGUAAGAACGAAACAGAGAGAGAGAGAGAGAGAGAGAGAGGCAGAGACAGAGACAGAGACAGAGAGUGAGAUACAAUAAAAGAAGUGCAAGGUCUCGGUGAAGUAGGAAGAGAAGAACGGAACGAAGCGCGCAGUGGUGGUGUUCGUGAGUCGGGGGGGGCAGUGGUGGGAAGGGGGAGAAGUAGGGAGGUGGUGGUGCGUCAAACGGAAGGCGGAAGGGUGGCCGAGGUUCGCGCGAAGACUCGAAUAAGUUGAGCGCAUUGAGUCGAACGUGAAAGAGAGAUAGAGAUAGAUAGAGGACAUAGAGAUAGAUAGAGACAGACGGACAGACAGAGACAGGGAGAGAAAGAAACAGGUAGUGCGUAUUGUGAGUGUGAUAUCAUAAGAGAAAGAUAUAAUAUACAUAUAUAUCUAUAGUAAGAGAAUUAAGAAAGGAAAAUAAUAAAAAGGAAGAAAAGAAAGGAAUAAAAAACAAAUCAAGUUUUGUUCGUUCCCGUGUCGUCCGGCAGAGUGGAGAGAAAAAAGCUUCGAGCACGAAUAAUGUCGACGGGCAAGAGACUGGCGAAGCGCAGUAUAAUAGGUACGAGGGUGUGCGCGCCCGGCGAGGACGGUAAAUAUUAUAGCGGUGUAAUACACGCCGUAAAGACGCCGGCGUCGUCGGCGUCCGAGUCUGGCUUGAGUAUAACACCUAAGACACGGUACUCCGUAAGAUUUGACACGGUGCCCGGUGGCAGACCACCGAGUCCAAGUACCGAAUAUUCCGACCGUGACCUCAUAGGACCCGGAUUUGGUUCCGUCACAGGCGCACGCCUCGUACCAGGUCAGAAGGUUUACCUAACCUACAACGGUAGGGAGAUACAAGCGGAGGUCACUCAGCAUCGUGAACAUCUUGACGAAGUUGACGUCGUCAUUGCACCGAACGGACAGGAGGGUACGAUGAGCCUGACAAAACGCAUAGAAGAAGUCAGAUUACUUGAGUCACGCAAGAGUGCUCGGUUAGCUGAUCAGGACACUGAUUUUGCUAGGCUCGCAGAUAUGGCCGGCGAUCGAAAACGUGCCUCGUCUCACUCCAUCGACGUACCGCACGUGAUCGGUUACUGUCAAGCUUCUUCUUCUUCUUCUUCUUCUUCUUCUCGCUUCUUCUUCUUCUCCUCCUCCUCUCUACAAAAUGAUAUAAAAUCCAAACGAACGUCUAGAAAACGGCGGCCAAGUUCGAGCAAUGAUUCCGAGCGAUCUUACAGUGGAUGGAGCGAAAGGAUACCUCACGGCUGCGGUCGUGAGGGUUGUCGCACCAACGAACGCGGUGAUUGCAUGGACGAAUGCACCGCCGCAUUGGUUCUCAUGUCGCUUUCAUGCUCGCCCCAUAGUCCUCACAACCCCCUGCCACUUCACUGCCAACACAAUUACGGUUCCUGGGGUAGUCGAGGAGGAGGCGGGGGUGGUGUAGUAGUAGGUUCACCAGGAGUCGGUGGUACCUCAAAUAGUAGUAGCAGCAGCAGUGGUGCUUCCUGGCGAAGUGGCACCCCUAGUCCACCCCUAAGCGACGAGGGUGCACCAACGACUGGUUCGUUGUGGCCAACACCGGCUCACGUUUCGCACAUCAAUCAAGCUCAUUAUCCUUGCAACCUUUCGGGUUCAUCAUCAAGCAGUACACCAGGUUCGACGAUCACUAUGGACGAGGGUAUAGUGCCGGAUUAUCUUGAAGAACAGCAUCCACGUAAAAAGAAGAUCCGAGCGAAAGCCGACCGAGAUCCGAUCGAAAGUGAACCAGGUUCCUGUGCGACCUUCGAGAGUGAACAGGCGAACGCCGCAGUAGUCUUCAAAUGUACAUGGAAGGGUUGUCUCGAAAUCAAGGCUACAGUACCUCUGAUCGAGGAACACGUGCGUCAGACUCAUCUUGGUCCAAAGAAAUCGAAAGUCUAUGAGAACGAGGACGAUGACGAUAUAUCGGAUCACGAGGAGGAAUUUUAUUAUCAGGAAGUUGCAGUGGAUCAUAUGAGUUCGCCGCCUACAAUGUCCCACCGAGACAUGGCCAGGCCACCUCACGAAGAUCCGGAAUAUCAGAAACAGCUUCGCUUAGAGGCAGUGCCGGUUAAUACGGGCAAUACGGAAAGCAACAGUGCAACGGCGAUGCCGUGCGUGAAGGAACGAAACAAUGCAUUCACGAUCCUACAGUCGCCUGGAACGCCGAUCAAGCACAUAAAGUUGUCACCACGUCCGUUCCAAGCCUAUCAUCAACAGAGUAUGGGUCUUUUGACGGUGUCCACGGGAAAGAUACCAUCCUCGCCGCGUAGGAUUCGCGGUGAAACAAAAAAAUGUCGCAAGGUAUACGGAAUGGAGCACCGUGAUCUUUGGUGCACCCAAUGCAAAUGGAAGAAGGCAUGUAGUCGUUUCGGCGACUAGGCCAAAAAGCCGCCCCGUUCUAACGUCCGCGGGCGGAGAUCAUCGCCGAGCCGACCCCAGAAUAUUAUUAAUACGAUGCCAGUGCCAGCAAGACGUCGAUUGUCCUCGUCGUAUCAUCGUCGACCAGAACAAGUAACUCCGCCGCCAUCAUUACUGUCAUCGGUAUUAUCAUCAACGACAUCGCCAUCGACACUACCAACGACUGCCAACGAUGAUAAUCGAAUCGAGAGAAACGAGCGUCGAAGAGAAACGAGAUCCUCGUUAUAUCGGCACGAUCACUAAAGAACGCGGUUCUUUAGCGAAGAUAUAUAUAUAUAUAUAUAUAUAUACACAUACAUAUAUAUAUAAAGAUAUAUAUAUAUAUAUAUAUAUAUAUACCCUCUUUAUCGUCCACCAUCUUUUAAACGAUGGCUAAAGCGUGUAUAACCACCUCGACGGAUUCCUUCCGAACGAUCGUCCAUCCGUAAGACGCGUUCUUUCUUUUUCUUCUUCUUCUUCUUCUUCAUCUUCUUAUUUUUAUUCUUAUUCUUAUUCUUAUUCUUAUUCUUAUUCUUAUUCUUCUUUGAUCGUCUUGUCCUUGUCCACUUUUUGAUCUCCUUCGUCUUGUUAAUUCUCCUAUUACUCUCCUUUCUCUUUUCUCCAUUCUAUCUCUUCUUCUUAUUCUUCCUAAAGUAAUUUCUUUUUUUCUCGAUGACGAGAGUUUCUCGACGGCCAGAAAUCUCUUCCAAAAGAGAAACGUCUAUCCCAUGACGGAUGGCGGACGGGGUUAUAUAAAGGGCCGAUCUUCGUGCGUUCUCGCGAGCUCCUCGUUUCGGGCACAUAGCACAACACACAUAUGGCGAACUAUAAAAGUGAGGAGGAGGAGGAGUUGGAGGGGGGGGGGUGGAAAGGGAGAUUAUAAGAGACAGAAAUGUAGGAGUGAGACACAGGGGUGCCUUCGCCUUAACGAAGGAAUCUUAAUUAAUUAAUUAAUAGAUAGGGAAUAAUUGGUGCGAGCGAGCGUCCGCGCGCGCGCGAGAGGCAUAUAAACGACCGAUACGCGCUCUCCGCAAUUAUACAUUAUGUGUGUAUAUAUGGAUGUAUGUAUGUAUACAUGAAUGUAUGUAUGUAUGUAUGUAUGUAUGUAUGUAUGUAUGUAUGUAUGUAAGUCUCGUUGUGUAUUUCUGUUAAGCUAGACGGAGAGCGCGUUAAUGCGGCCUCGAUCAUAUGCGUUCGCUGUUCAAUAGGUAACAACUGAUUUAUUCGAUUCGGCAAGCAAGCGUUCGCCGAAAUCGAAUAAUCUUCGUCGAUCGUCGAUCGUCAAUCGUAAAAAGCGAAUGAUCUUUAAGCCAAUCGAAUAUACCCAAGCGUUAAAAAAAAAAUAAAAAGAAAUUUCUUUUCCAUUGUAGACUUCUCGAGGUAUACACGCACGUAUUAUAUAUAUAUAUAUAUAUAUAUAUAUAUAUCACAGAACAGAGAUCUCUACCUUACCGACGACUUCGUCGUCGACGUAAAAUCACCGUUUUCACUUUAUAAUAAUAUCUCUUUGGAAUAUCGAUCCUACUUGAAAUCGCGUUAGAUAAGCUCCAAUCGACGAAAAAAAAAAAGAAGAUAUCGAAAUAAUGUUCUGUUCUUUGACGAAUAAUGCGUGUCUAUAUAUAUAUAUAUAUAUAUAUAUAUAUAUAUAUAU